AAAUCCCUAACGCCACGCAGCAGCAUUUCUCCUCUGACAGAUAAACAAGAAAACGCAAACAAAAGAACCCGAAUUGAAUUCAUUAAGAAAGAAGCACACACGGAGAGAGAAUUUCCGGCGAAUCAAUGGCGGAGCACUUGGCGUCGAUAUUCGGAACAGAGAAAGACAGAGUGAACUGUCCGUUUUACUUCAAGAUCGGAGCGUGUAGACACGGUGAUCGAUGUUCUCGUCUCCACACCAAACCAAGCGUCAGCCCUACGCUUCUUUUAUCAAACAUGUACCAGCGCCCUGAUAUGAUUACUCCUGGUGUUGACGCCCAGGGUAACCCUAUCGAUCCUCGCAAGAUCCAGCAACACUUCGAGGAAUUUUAUGAGGAUUUAUUUGAGGAGCUAAGAAAAUACGGGGAAAUUGAGAGCCUGAAUGUCUGUGACAAUCUUGCUGACCACAUGGUCGGUAAUGUUUAUGUUCAGUUUAGAGAGGAAGAGCACGCUUCGAAUGCGCUUAAGAAUUUGACUGGGAGGUUUUAUGCCGGUCGUCCUAUUAUUGUGGAUUUCUCGCCUGUGACUGAUUUCCGAGAAGCCACGUGUAGGCAAUAUGAGGAGAAUGCAUGUAAUCGUGGCGGGUACUGCAAUUUUAUGCACCUUAAAAGAAUCGGCAGGGAGUUGAGGCGUCAGUUAUUUGGGAGUUACCGACAAAGGCGUAGCCACAGCCGAAGCAGGAGCAGGAGCCCCUAUAGACAUCGGAGCCAUGAAGAGCAUUCGCAUAGUGGGCAUGGUUCUGGUCGCAGAUAUGAUGAUCGGGAGCACUAUUAUGAAAGUCGGAGCAGGAGGCAUAGGAGUACAAGCCCUGGACAUCGGAAGGGACGAAGUAGAAGCCCUGGGGGUAGGCGUAAACGAAGCCCAGUUAGGGAAGGCAGUGAGGAGAGGCGUGCUAAAAUUGCACAAUGGAAUAGGGAAAGGGAGCAGCAGGAAGAAACAGCCAAUAAUAAUGUCAAUGCUGACAGCAGCAACAAUGACAAAGGGCAAAUGCAAAAUGGCAGUGGUCAAAAAUAUCAGCAGAACAUAUCACCGCAGCAAGGAGAAUAUGCAUACUGAUCUCCUUUAGGUGCCUGGCUUGUUUUCUCUCUACUCUAAUCAUUUUCAUAUUCCACCUGCUCAAUUAGGAUGUUCCUUUCCAGCGAAGGACCGAACAUUGAAUAAAUAUAGCUUACAGCCCGUUUCUACUGUGCAGGGGGUGUGCAGGUUCACAAUUGUCAUAUGGAAUUUUUUUUUCUUUAUCUAUUAGUUGCAUCCACUCUGCUUGACUGUGCACUUCAUUGCAUGACGGGCUUGAAUGUUUUUGACUCUCAAUUCCAUCUGGAUUCUUAAAAUCGACAUUGAAAAGAUUUCAAUAACAGAAUUAUUCAUUCCAACUUUCCCUUUGUGCCAGGUGUCUAUAGUGAUGAAAUGUUUUGCAAAUUUUGUUGUCCACUCAGAAUUCUUGGGUAAUCCACCAGAUUUAUUGUUAACAAGUAACUAGUAAUGGUCUGUACUAUAGGCUAAUGCCAUGGCUGGUGUGGUUUUCUUAUCAAAACUAGAAAUUUAAACUUAGAACUGUUUUGCUGCAUUUGAAGUUUGUGUUCUCAGUGUGUGUAUGCAAUACAGUCCAGGAUUCUGACUACAGCAUAUUCAGGCUAGCGCACCAUCAAAUUUCACGGUUCUAUGUUGGGUUUUGCUUCUUGAACUCUCCUUUCCCAUUUUUAUUUUAGCAAAAUAAAGUGAUCUCAACAUCUUUAUGAGUUUUGCAGGUUCAGGUAUCCCUGCUUCAUCGAGACAAGCCACUAUUUUAACUGCAGCUUACCAUGAAAUUUCUGUACAGGUCAUCGGGUGCAAUAUCAGAGGAUUGGUUUUACAGGAUUUGUCAGGCUGCUGUUCAAAAGCAUCCAGGAGCAGAUUGAUUGUAUAACGGCUCAUUAAGUCAUUUAGCAUUAUUAGUGAUACGACUGCCAUGUUGUGACAGCCCCUGCUUGUUUCCCUGCCUCUUGCCAUGUUAGACAAUUUGAUAUUUUGACAUAAAUGGCUUGUGCAAUAUGUGGACAAGGUAAUCUCCCUCUUUUCCAGGGAGUUUUAAUUUGUUGUGAACGUAGCUGGUUAGUUAUUACCAUGCGAAAUGCUGUCGAUUA